AUGGCAAGCCUACAGCACCCUCCGUUGAGCUACGAGGCAUCGGCCACCACUACUCACCCACACUUCGCUACUUGUCUACCGCAGGAAGUGGUCUCCUGCCUCAAGAACUCUAGAUUCUUACAUCUUGCAACAUGCGACGGGCUCAAUCCUCACAUCUCUCUCAUGAGCUACACCUUUCUCCCCUCCACGCCGUUCAACCCCACCACCCCAACCAUCAUCAUGACCACCAACCCUUCGUCGAAGAAGACACUCAAUCUCCGCUCCAAUCCACGGGUAUCCCUUCUCGUACAUGACUGGGUUUCUCACAGACCUCCCACCCGAACCCGAGAUGCCGGACGGGAAGGGUCUCCGCCUCCCGCAGCUACGCAGUCCAGUCUCGCCACUUUACUUCUAAACAUCAACACCAGCGCCAUGAGCAGUAUCAGCACUACGAUAAUAGGUGAAGCCCGGGUCCUUGAUGUGGGCAGCGAGGAGGAGAAGUGGUGUAGAGAACGCCAUCUCGAGAGUAACACGUUCAUCGCAGACGAGGCGGGAGUUGGUGUGUUCAGCGGCGGCGGUCAGGCGCGGCAGGACGGGACGGGAGACCAGGAACGGCGGCCGUCCAUCAUGGAUGACGAUGUCAAUGUGGUCGUGGUGGCCGUCAAGGAAGGGAGGAUCGCAGAUUUAAAGGGUGGAGUGCGAGAUUGGGCGGUUGUGACAGAGGGGCAGGUGAAUGGCGUAGCCCCCGGUAGCUAA